UAACAUUUUUUCCUCAGAGUCAUCUUCUUAUCUUCUUAUCUCUUACCUGUGUAUGAUCAAAAGCCCCAAAUCCCUCCUCUUGACCGCAUGGAUCAGAAUUCCUCCAUCGCCAUGGAUUCAAACAAGCUUUUCAGCAUCAUUUCAGUCCUAAGAGAAGCCAUUUACCUCCCCACAAAGAACAAGAAGCUCAUACUCUCUUCCAUAUUUCUAUGCUUGUUCCCAAAUUCUCUCCUCUUGAUAAGCAACUACAUAUCCAUCUACCCUCUUCUCCUCAACUUCCUCAUGAAAUUAUAUCUCAUCACCAAAGAAUAUCCCACCACACCGCAAUUCUUCGAUGCGAUCAUUGGGCUAAGAAAUGAUGCAGAAGGUUUUGUUAAAGUCCACGUCUUCUUUGUUAUAUUCUCUUACAUAGUAUCAACCAUCUCCAUGAUGAUGAUUGUUCAUUCAUCGCUAUUAGUUUAUUCUGGCAAGCAAUCGAGUCUUACUGAUGUGUAUUUAAGGUUAAAGUUGACUUGGGUUCCUGUGUUGAUCACUUGUUUGUACUCUUCUAUGCUGUAUAUUGGCUAUACGGUUCUAUCAAUAUGUUUAAUCGCUGUUCCGAUGCUCGGUGCGAAUGGUUCGGUAGUUUCUAUCAUGGUCGGCGGAUUGUUUGCGAUGUUGGGUAGGCUACUAUCUGUGUAUCUCGCAAUGAUUUGGAUGGUGGGAGUGGUGGUUUCGGUGGCAGAAGAAAGUUGUUUUGGUUUAGAGGCUUUGUGGAGAGGAGGGGAGAUUGUGAAGGGGAGAAGACUCCAAGGUUUUCUCAUUGCUUUGAUGUUGUUGUUGGCUGAUGGAAUGUUCACAGGAGGCUAUGGCUUUGUUGGGGCAAAAAAUGCCACUGGAUUUAUUCUUGUCAAUGUUUUGGUGUUGAUGAAGAUGUUUUCUUAUAUGGUUUAUACUGUCUUUUACUGUGAGUGUAGGAAAGAAGUUUCUUAUGCAAGAGUUGUUGUUGGUCAUAAUGAGGAGUUGCUGCCUUGAUAAUGAUUUUUAGUCUUAUUAUUUGAGAGUAUUUGUGUUCUCAUUUUGUUUUGAGAAAGCAAAAGUUUUUCAGGCAAUUGCUUGAUAAUAAAACAUUUCUAAUUACU